AACUUGAACUACUGGUUAACUUAGACUUUCGUGCAAUUUUCCAUUGUGUUUAUUUUUUCACUAGAAUGUUAAGACUUCUACCCAACCCACUGUUUGGUUAAAAACAGUCAACCCCAUGAAAAAGGUCAUUAGUCGCCAGUACCACAAAGGAGAGAAGCAGUUAAGGCAGAAUUUUGAUUCCUAAACCACUGAUCAAUAGUAAAGAAAUGGCGUCUCUUUAUUGGACCGCAGUCUUUCUCUUAUGUUGGAUGGUAAUGGUGUCCGUAGCCGGUCGUAGACAGCUAACAAAGAACCCCAACCACACGAAGGAGCAAAAGAGAGGUAAAGCUACAACAAGCGAUUUCUGGUGCCCUACAUGUCAGGGACCCACAAAGGAAUCCUGUGAUGGCAGCUUGACAAACACAACUUGUCCCAAGGCAACCUUUUGCUUAUCUGUCUGGGACGAAAACAUGUUUGCUCGGAAAUGUGUCAACAGAAAGAUGCUCGAUCUGCUGACGGAAAAUUGUGCCAAUGUUAGCCCCACAGCGCGAAAAUGCGGGCGACGAAAUAAACCAUACCACUUGUCCUGGUGCGAACAAUCAGGCUGCAGAGCUAAGGAACCAGGGGCAGUAAACAAACCCGAAAGUGACCCAUUUUUGUGCCCAACCUGUCAGAGCUCCUCCCGAGAGUCAUGUGACUCCACUUUGGCACAAACUACCUGCCCCAAGGCAGACCUUUGUAUGACACUGCAGGAUGAGAACGUUUUCGUUCGGAAGUGCGUCAACAGGAAGAUGCGUCAACUGUUGACCAAGGACUGCACGAGAGCUGGAAGAUCCGAAGAAUGGGUAUGCCGCAAAAAGAGGCGGUUCCACGUUUCAUUUUGUAAUCAAUCAGGCUGCAAAGCAGAUUUUUCUAAAGUGACCAAAGAUCGUUAUCAUGAAGAGGAAUAAAAGGUGACAAAACCUUUCUGG